AUGGGAGGAAUUUUGAAGAACCCUUUACCGGAUCAGAAUGGCAAUUUCGAGGAUUCCGAAUCCAUCUCGGACUUCAGAAAGCAAGUGUAUAAGAACACGCAGUUGAAUGCUCAACUGAACUCUGCAAGCAAUAGCGGCAGAAAUGAUUUGCCACCAUCACCGAGGAAGCACUCGAUACCGAAAGAUGUGCUGAGUAUGAAACAUGAUAGGGACACACAGCAGCAUAACGAAGAAGAAGAAAGGCUGAAAUGGAACCAGCAAAACCUGGAUGCCAAUGACGUGGCCAAACUUCAAUAUCAGGAUAUUAGUAUUGAUGAGCCAAAGACGCCGUACCAGGGCGCUGUUGACCCCUCAGGCGAAUACUACAGAGACGAUGACGAAGAUGAUUUGGAAAGUUUGUCCCUUGGCGAGCCGAUCGUGGCUCCAAAAGAGAACGAAGCAGAAGAAGAAGAAGAAGAAGAGACAGAUUCGGGUGACGACCAUGAACUCGAUCCAAACUCUAAAGAGGCCCGCCACAAACGUUUUGAAGCUAUGAGAAAACAACACUACAAUCUGAAAGAUGUUCUCAAAACGCAAAAAAAUGGUGAUUUGGAUCUCGACGAAGAUGAACAAGAAUAG